AUGUCCCAACGAGUUCGGUAUGUACCUGAUGGCCGUGCCAAGAUUGCUGAUUUAGGCCUAACGAAGAAGAGGUAUCUGAUCACAGGGACCCUAACCGGAACUCCUUAUUACGUUGCCCCGGAAGUGAUCCGAAUGAAACUGUACAGUACCGAGGUGGAUAUCUAUAGCUUCGGUAUUCUGUUAUGGGAGAUGUGGUAUGGCACCAAGGCAUACGAAAAUGACGGUAUCGUUGGAUAUGCGAUUUUGGAGCAAGAGCAAUCUGGACACAGACCUGGAUUUAACGACAGUAAUGUACCACCCACCUCCUUACAGAUGCUGAUGAAACAAUGUUGGCAUGAAGAUGGAAAAUGCAGGCCACAUGCAGAAGAAGUCU